CUCGCUGUUGUGACUGCCAUUUAUUGACAGCAAUCUAUUCUUUAGCUCAUUAAAAAAAAUGCAAGCCUGGGCCUGUGACGCGUUUAAAAUUCAAUACUUGACCGAACACUAUUUUGUCUUUAGAAACAUUUUCGCUUCUCUGAAAGACUUGUGCUGCGGUCAAAUACCUCUUGUGAGUAAACAAAGCUUCACAUCAGUGGCUCAAGAGCGCUUCGAAAAGCGCAAAUUUCUCAGAUGACGUCAUCAUCAGUGAAAGAUCAACCGAUUGGGAGGGAAUUUCCCAAACGCGCAGCAAUAUUAUCAAGGUUGUAUCCGUGAAAUUUCUCAACAGUGUACUGCUAUUAAUUAUAAGACCGCUAAAGUCAACGACAAAAUUUCGCCAACAUCCAUUUGCUGUAACAGUCGUUCAACUUUGACCGCUGCAGGUUUUACUCACUGUAAGUACAAGAAGAACUUCCGCGGUGGCUAGACUGUUUCACGAAGAAAGUACUCUAACGAUUUUGAAGCGUAGCGAAGUUGACAAAACUCUACCAGGGGUCAUGAAUACAUCGAAGAUUCCGAAGACGGAAACUUUUCGCGGUGACGUUCAGAUAAUAAUUCUUGUAAUUACCGCUUGAAAGGACAUUGUUUUCGGAGUUGAUAAAUGUAUGUUAUAAGCAGUUCAGAAGUGCAUUCUACGCGGAGACUUUGACGUACAAGAAAUAUACGGAAAAUAACAGCACUCAUGGGAAAAACGCCAGUCGCCGCCAUUGUGAAAGAGACUUAUUUUGGACCUUACCACUUUGGCGCCAGAGGCUGGGUAAGGGAUAUUAGGUAUAACCGGACCAGGUGGCCUCCGCCAAUGAAAUUAACAAUGAGGAACUGGUGAAGAGAAACCAGACUGGAAAAUGAAACAACCCAUUUCGAAGAAACAGUGUUUGUUGCUCAUCUCGAUCCCUCUCUAUUCUCCAAGCGUGCGGUAAGUAGGGAUUUUCCUAUCUUUGCGACAUUUCUUCAUAAUCAUAAGGUCUUCCUUCAAUUUCACGUAGGGCUGAAAAAGAAGCAAACAACUUGCUUUGUCGUGUUUAGAAACAACUCUACGAAAAACCCUUUCGGCCAUACUCUCGUAUCUGCAUGGACUUCUGAGUAAAACACGGGUAAAUACCGAGAACUGAUUUGUUUCACAACCGUGGCGAAACAAAUUGGAUGAAAAAGACGGAUGUUUUCCAUCUGUAAAACAUCAAAACGAAGGGCCUUGUGUGGUCUUGGAGUCAAGUCACUAACGUGUUUUAGAAUGGCAUGCUUUCACUCUGAACCACGUGUCCUAUGGGUAACUCUGUUCCGACGAUUUUUAUCUACUACGUUUCUCACCACCACAUUUUGCGACAUUUUCUAGAUAAUCAUCAGGUAAUCAUCAUCUUCAUCCAAUUUCACGUAGAGCACAAAAAGAAAGCAUACACGCGGCUUUUUCGUGUACGAAAAACCCUUUCGGAUAUACUCCUAUGUUAGCGUGGCUUUCUGAGUAAAGCCCGAAUAAAUACCAAGAACUGAUUUGUCUUAAAACCGUGGCGAAACAAAUUGGACGAAAGGAAACAGAUUUUUUCCUUUUGUAACAUCGAAAUGAAGGAUUUCGUGUGGUCUUGGAGUCUAUUUACUGAUGUUUUACAACGGCAUGCUAUCACACUGUACCAUGUCUCUUAUGGGUAACUCUGGUGGCUCUGUUUCUAUCAUAAUACUAAUCAGGGUUUUUUUGGCAAUUUUUUCUCUGGUUAUUUUCGAUUUUUGAUUCCUAAAAGGUAAAGCAAGUGCUUCUAUUGCCUUUCAUGUCUUUAUGUAAGAUUUUAUUUUUGAAUUCUUAAACAUUCUAAAACAAGGACGUAUCCCCUGUCUCCACGCUGAUGAAUCUGUAUUUGAACUCGUCAACGUUCACGGAUUUGUUGAUGUCCCCAAGUUCUAGCUUUACAUCCAAAAAAGCUCAACAAAGUAUCAUAACACAGCUAAAAAGUUGUUGACUGCUACAUCAAACAAAAAUCUGAAAAAUAAAAUCAGGUAAAUCUAUUCAGUGUCACAUAACACAGGAAGAAGAUUGAGUGAAGGUGUUGAAUACAAUUAAGGAUUCCUUUUCCCUUCGCGGUUUCCAUUCACUUACAGUGUUCCGCGAUACUCACACUCUUAGGAGUUUGCCUCAGUCAAACUGAGAGAAAACGAAAAAUACAAGAACAAAAGAAAAGGAGAAAAAUCGGACACAUGAGCUACACUAGCCUCAAACAAAAUUCAAAAUAUCAUGGAUCAACCGGGCGACGAAGUUCACAUUGUCUGGCAGGCAUGAAUAAAAAGCGAUUCCACAAGCGAAUGCUGAGCACCAUAUGUAGGUCCACUUCGUCUAAUCUCGUUUCAUGAUCAAGAGCCAAUGAGAGGAGAAAGGGAUAAACUCUAUAAAUUACGGUGAUAAAAUACUGUUAAGCACACCAUUUUGUAUUCGAUGUAGGAUCAAGAAAGAUGGCUUCCCAGCAAUUGCAGAUGGUCUAUAGAUCCUUCUUUCCGUUGGGUGGAAUUACAACUGGAUUAGACUUUGAGAGAAAGGUGAAUUCUGGUCUCCCUAUUAAAAAAAAUGAAUAAAAUAAAAUAAGUGUUCAACUACUCUUAUCAUACAAAGGAAGAGCUAUAUUAUCGGUCAUAAACCGGCUAAGUUCAGAUUUUGUCCGGUUACAGUUUAAGUAUAAUCGCAUUGUGGUUGACUAAAUUGGGAAAAUGAGAGUUUCAUCCUCAAUUGGUUUUGAAAAUAAGGCACUAGUUAGCAGCAGGUGAAUUAGAAGCUUACUACUUCUCGGCGAAAAUACCAUGGGCGCCACUAUCUUCCUUCAAUCACAUGGGCCCUUUCCUCUCAAAACUUUCAUCAUUUUUUUUUUUUACUUUAUUAGGGCUCUCAUGAAGUGUGGUUCACUGAGCGAGGAGAAAUAGUGACCCAAUGUUCACAGCAAAACGACAUACAAAUCUUUAACUUGUAAGUAACAAUGUAAAGUGACUUUUCUUUGAAAGACAGAGUAGUACACGUGGUAACCUAUACUGUUCUCGGUUUUUUUUAUGUUAAACAAAAGUAGCUGUUACUAACUAAAUGAUUAUGUAGCUCUAAGAAGCUAUCACUGAAAUCAAACUCGUGAGCAAAACGGAUAUGUUUUGAGCAAGAAAUUAAAACUUUUUUUUUCCAAAAACUGCAGGUUUGCAUUGCGACCACGUGAGUACCGAAUGUUAGGGGCUGAUCAGGUAAGCGUUAGCUGGAAGAAAAUCUUAUAACGCAGCACCCAUAUCCCCACUGUUAUCAGGACAGUUUGUUUCUUGUUUCUCUUAUUACCUUGUCGUGUACAAACGUCAAAAGGCUACAUCAAAGAAACAACAAACUCUAAGCAAAACUUUCAGCUCUCUUUGGCGAGGGUUAUUUAUCAAUCUACUCAAGUAACUUUCCAUGUUUCUCUGCAGGAAACUGAAAGAGUAAACAUUGACGUGCAAACAACUAGGAACACCCAAGGAAAUGAUAAUCGCCCAGAGUGCUACUUGCUAUCGUCACAUUUACUUCCAGUUCAAGAGAGUCUGUAGAUCCGUCGUAUACUCGAUACUUGCUAAUUAAUAACAUAUAAAUAGACAAGAA